GCAUGUAUUUUGUGGGAUCGAAUCUGCUCUACCAGAGAACCAUACAUCAAUCACUAUAGAUAUUCGCCAUACAAGCGCCCGACAUGUCCAAAACUGUACAUAUCACAUCUCCCGGCCAAUUCUCCACCCUGCUCAACUCCUCUCGCGUAGUGGUCGUCGACUUCUUCGCGGACUGGUGUGGACCAUGCAAGGCUAUUGCUCCGGUGUAUGAGCAGCUGUCCGCGCAGCUGAGUCGCCCAGGACAGAUCACCUUCACCAAAGUUGACACCGAAGCACAAAAGGCGAUCGCAAGCACAUACAACAUCAGCAGUUUGCCGACGUUUGUCAUCUUCAAGGCCGGACGAGAAACGAAGCGCAUCACAGGUGCCGAUCCCAAAGGGCUAGAUGCAGCGGUGAAACAAUUGGCGCGGGAAGCAGGGGAGGCAGAUGCCAGCGGUGCAGGAGCCAGCAGCAGUUCUGGGAGCGGAGAGCGAUGGCUAGGCGCGGCCGCUCCGCGAGCAUAUGGCGACAUCACCGAGCAGGUGGAGAUCCAAGGACUCGACUUCCUCAAUGUGGAUAGCCAGGCCGGCGCGAAGCGAGUCCUGUUCGCAAAUGAGAAGCCUUCAUCGUUGAAAGAUAGUAAAGGAAAAAGCAAAGCGGCCUCCGAAGGAGAGGCCAAGGAUUGGAUCGAAAGUGACACAGAUGAACAACUCAUGCUGUUCAUGCCAUUCCAGGCGUCGAUCAAGCUUCACACGAUUCAUUUGACUUCUGUACCCGUUGAUGAUGACGAAAUUACGCGACCAAAGACUGUUCGGCUCUAUUCAAAUCGCAGUCAUGUACUAGGUUUCGACGAAGCCGAAGACACGGCCGCCACACAGGUCAUUGAGAUACAAGAGUCCGAUUGGGAUGCUACGACACACACCGCCAAGCUCGAACUCCGCUAUGUCAAGUUCCAGAACAUCAGCAGCCUGGUCAUGUUUGUCGAGGAUGGUGAUGGCGAUGGUGAAAAGACGCGCUUGGACCGGAUACGGCUUUUUGGUGAGACUGGAGAAAAGCGCGCAAUGGGCAAGCUGGAAAAGAUUGGCGACGAGCAGGGCGAGUAAUCGGAGGUUCUAUACACUUUUCCCCGUCCCCUAAAAGUUUAGUGAGGCAACGUCUUUGCAACAGAUCUCUAGUCAUGAUAGGGGGAUUGCGGGUAGUGGACAUCACUAGACCUUACGAGAGCGCAGCGACUUCUGAAGGAUGUUGGUGUGAGCUGGUGUAGGUAUGAUUACUGUCAUAAGAAAAAUACGUAGCGAGGAGUGUAUGUGUAAUGAGCGUGUCACAUCAGUCGUUAUUUACACCCACCAUGGAUUUUUCAGUAUUG